CAUGGCCCCCUUUGCACCCCUGGCCUCUGGCAUCCUGCUGCUGCUGUGGCUGACUGCCCCCAGCCGAGCCUGUACCUGCGUCCCACCCCACCCACAGACGGCCUUCUGCAGCUCCGACCUGGUCAUCAGGGCCAAGUUUGUGGGAGCCCCAGAGUUCAACCAGACCGCCUCGUACAAGCGUUAUGAGAUCAAGAUGACCAAGAUGUUCAAAGGGUUCAAUGCCUUGGGGGAUGCCCCUGACAUCCGGUUCAUCUACACCCCCGCCAUGGAGAGCGUCUGCGGAUACUUCCACAGGUCCCAGAACCGCAGCCAGGAGUUUCUCAUAGCUGGACAACUGUGGAACGGGCACCUGCACAUCACCACCUGCAGUUUUGUGGCUCCCUGGAACAGUCUGAGCUCAGCUCAGCGCCAGGGCUUCACCGAGAUCUAUGCUGCUGGCUGUGAGGAAUGCACAGUGUUUCCCUGCACAUCCAUCCCCUGCAAACUGCAGAGUGACACUCACUGCUUGUGGACAGACCAGCUCCUCACAGGCUCUGACAAGGGCUUCCAGAGCCGCCACCUUGCCUGCAUGCCCCGGGAGCCAGGAAUGUGCACCUGGCAGUCCUUGCGGCCCCGGGUGGCCUGAAUCCUGCGCCCAGCAGAAGCCGAAACCUGCACAGUGUUCACCUCUCUUCCCGCUCCCACCUGUCUUUCUCCAAGAUGAUGAAAUAAAGAAC